UUCGAAGUCAAACCCUCCCUCAAGGUAUGGCGGCUUCCCAACCCAACAAACCAACGAUGAAGGAGGAUGGCGGAGAUGAGAUGGCAGGAUGGUGGGAGAAGGCUGCGAAGAAGCUUAGAGAGGAGGAUGCAGCCAAGCUAAAGAAGAAGAAGGAAGAGGAGCUUGAGAAGGAGAGGAAGCGAAAACAGACUGCGACAAAUGCGAUGCGCGCUAGGGAGCAAGCGUUGAUGAGGAAAGUUGAGGAGGCACAGAAGAAGCGUCAACAUGAUUUUGAAGAAAGAACCAUGAAGCUUUGGGCAAUUGCAGCUGAAAAAGAAGAGAGGGGCAAUCAGAUAUCAUGGAGAGGGUGGUUAAGGAGGCUCACCUCAUAA